AGAGUCACCGCCCACCAGCAGACUAAACAACAAAGAUGGAGUAGUGAACCGAAAGCAAGUUAGCAUUUACUUGACGUUCAUUUUUAGUUGUUGGCGUAACUACAGAUACAACAGUGGAAAUCCCCGGCUGAUCGAAGCGGCAUCAUGCGAUUGUACCGAAGUCGGAUAUAGUUUAGGUUUCGUAGAAGUAAGAAGCGGCCGGGCUUUCACGCAGCGGUAUCUUAGCUGCGACAAAACAACAGGGCUUAGUAGCUAAACGUCACCUCGCUUCGCUCAGUCACGGCUGCUCGUUUCCCCUCUCAGCUAACGAGAUAAGAGCGUGACUCGGACAGAAAUGGAGAAGUCCGAUUUCCUAAAAGGACUACCGGUCUACAACAAAAGCAACUUCAGCAGGUUCCAUGCGGACUCUCUGUGUAAAGCGUCGAACCGUCGACCAUCUGUGUACCUUCCAACACGGGAAUAUCCAUCAGAGCAGAUUAUUGUCACGGAGAAGACAAACAUCCUUUUGCGAUACCUUCAUCAACAAUGGGACAAAAAGAAUUCCGCAAAAAAGCGAGAACAGGAACAAGGAGAAGUGGAGAACGCGGCACCUCCGCGCAAAAUAGCCAGAACAGACAGUCGGGAGCUGACUGAGGAUUCGUGAGUUGCUGUGCAGCGGAUGCAGCGCACCCAGCAGAGACUGACCUAAUAAACAAAAUGCAAACGCAGUUGAAGGAUAUAUGUUUGCCAACCGGGCCGUGGCCCUGAAGCACACGGGGAUCGACACUCCCGGCAUGAAAUAAUUCCUUUUCAACCAACAUCCUUUUUCAGCAAUUGAUCUACUAAUUUUACCCCGUAUUUUCUCGUGUUCCAAGAAACUUCUGCCUUUUUAAUUCAGUCUUUUGUGGUUUUGAAAAAAAAAACCCAUCUACCUCCCGAUUCCUCAUUCCUUCUGUUAUCCCUUCACUUUAUCACCCACAGCUUUCUUUUUAAAUAUGUAGCUCCUUUGGGGAGGGUUUACAGCUAUAUUUAUUCAUAGCUUUUCUGAAGAUUUAUACAUAUUGAUGAAAGUCCAAGUGGUUUGCCAUCUGUUGUUGCUUCCACUACUUAGUUUUUUGUUUGGAAUUAUGUAACGACAGUGGUCCAUAAAAUAUUAUCUUUGCUCAUUGUUUAUGAUUAAUGUCAUUGUUUGUUGCUUAGAUGUAUUCAUGCAUUCAGGAUUUGUUAUGGACGAGUAAGUGAGAUCUUCUCGAUUUCUCAUGAUGAUUUAUGGCCUUAUGUAGUAUGUCCAUUUGAGGGACCCACUUGGUUCACGCUGUUGUUUCAGGUUAAGAAGUGAACCACGAUGGAGUUGAAUGGAAGUGAGCAUAUCUUUAAAGACAUAUUCAAGCCAAUAGAGCCAUGUUGGAGGGUGCAAACUGUUUCUGUGCAGUAAGAAUUGUAGAUUGUGUAGCCGUAUUCUAAGUACGAUGCUCGGUAGUUUGAGAGAGAACCCCAUUAUAAGCUGUGUGUGUGUAUCUUUGCACAACAUUUUAUGGAGGAGCUGAUGACUUGAUGUACGCUUAAAUUUAAUAUGUAGCUGUGCUGCUGCGUAGGCAGCUUGUAAGAACAGUUGUCAAUCAUUUAUAUAUAUCUGCAGUUCACGUCUACUUUCAUAGGUUUCUCUUUUGAGUGAAAAAGGAAAUGUUUGGAUUUACACGCUCUGGACAGCACGACUUGAGUCUGUUAGCAGCUCUGUCGUAUAUAUUUGUACAGUUUACACAGUAUGUAUAUUGUGAUUGUUGUCACCCUCCUAUCAGCUAAUCAGACAAUGACUCACGCAGAAUUAUUUUCUUCACCAGGAUAGCAAUAUUGUAUUUUGUUAAAGACACCUUGUUCUUAAAGUUGGUGGGAUUAAAGCCAGAGUUUAGUCAAUUAUGCCUAAUUUCUUUGCACUUUUACACUGUUGUGCAUCAUAAAUACUAAUAUUUUUUUACCAUUCGGUUAGCAACACAUUCAAUAACGUCUGUCGCAAUGGACAGUUGAGUAGUAAUGCACAUUUUUACUUGUUACAUUUUGCUCCUUGAAGACUUAGAGUAUAUGUGCAAAUUGGCUACUGAUGUAAUUCGAAUACAAUUAUGAGUUUAAACCAGAAACAUGCAGUUUUGUAUAUAUGAAAAAGCAGUUUAAAACAAAUGUAUAUUUAAGAAUGAUUAUUUUAAUUUACUCCAUAAACCGGGUCAGCCAAUGCGUAUCUCUUGAAGGGUGUUUAAUCAUGUGGGAUUUAUUUGCAUCAUAGAAUUACAUUCUCUAAUUUAUGUAGUAAAAUAAUUCAUAGAAAAUCAAAGUUAAGAAAAAUAGAAUAUUUUUAAUGGUCACAGUGAAUAUAAUUUGACCUAUUGCGGAAGGAAUGUGAUGAUUUUGGAAGCGCUUCACAACUGAAAAGAAAUGAUGGAGAUGUAAUACAUGCACAUGAUGCAACAUGCAUUCAAUAAAGGCUUAAGAGUGAGAAACAAA